AUGGCGGGAGAUAAGGAUAUCGUCGCCCACGAGGUUGGCCUGGAUGCAGGCGCGCAGGAUGAUCUCGACAUGGAGCGCAUGGGCAAGGUCCAAGAGUUUAAGAGAAACUUCAAAUUCUACUCGAUCUUCGGUUUGACUACCACGUUAAUGGCCUCGUGGGAAUCGAUCCUACUCACCGCUGCCUAUGGCCUGACCGACGGUGGCCGCGCCGGCAUGGUCUACGUUUAUAUCGCUUCCUUUGUGGGAUUCUUCGCCUCGGUGGUGUCGAUGGCGGAAAUUUCUUCCAUCUCGCCCACGAGCGGUGGUCAAUAUCACUGGGUUAGCGAGUUUGCCGCUCCCCGUUACCAGCGCUUCUUCAGCUAUCUAACCGGAUGGCUGUCCGUCUUGGGCUGGCAAGCGGCGUAUGCCAGUAUUUGCUUCCUAUGCGGUACCCUGAUCCAGGGCCUGCUCGUCUUCAACUACUCUGGUGACUCGGGCUAUGUCUAUGGCUUCGAGCGCUGGCACGGUACCCUGUUGACGAUUGCUAUUGCGGCCGUCGGAACCCUGGUGAACACCUACGGGGCUAAGUUCCUGCCUCCUCUGGAAGGUGUGAUUUUGUUCCUUCACCUUGGCGGAUUUGUUGCUGUCAUGGCCGUCAUCUGGGGAAUGUCCUCUGGGACGCAGCAGGCGUCUGGGUAUACUGUUUGGCAAGAAUUCACCAACUCGGGCGGCUGGUCGAGUGUAGGUCUAGCCUGUCUGGUGGGCCAAUUGACUCCUAUCUUCUCCUGGACUGGCCCCGAUGCCGCUACUCACAUGGCCGAGGAAGUGCAGAAUGCUUCUUUCGUCGUGCCCUGGUGCAUGGUUUCCACCGCAUUAAUCAACGGUGGUCUUGGUUUCAUCAUGCUGAUCACCUUCCUCUACAACAUGGGCAGCCUCGAGGCCGCUCUGGGCGCUAGCAGUGGCUUCCCCUUUCUCACAGCCGUUCAACAUGCCACCGGUUCGGUGGGUGCCACUAACGGCGUGGCCGCAAUCAUCCUCAUCAUGGAAGUCUGCAGUGCCAUUGGUAUUCUCGCCACAGCGUCUCGACAAACAUUCGCUUUCGCUCGUGACAAUGCGCUUCCCUUCUCUCGCUCCUUGGCUCAUGUCAACAAGCGCACUCAGAUCCCCACCGUCUCCGUGCUGGUCUCGACUAUCAUCACCGUUCUACUUAGCUUGAUCAACAUCGGCUCCACUGCAGCCUUCAACGCGGUCGCUUCAGUCAUGAUUGCCGCUCUUUUCACUACCUAUAUCCUUUCUAUUCUCGCAUUCAUUCGCGCCCGAUUCCAACCGGGUGGUAUUCCCCGGUCCCGCUUCUCCCUCGGCAAAUUCGGUCUCGCCAUCAACGUUUUCUCGGUCGCAUAUCUCUGCUUCGCCAUUAUUUUCACCUUCUUCCCUACUACCAACAACCCAACACUCGUCAGCAUGAAUUGGUCCAUCCUUGUCUUUGGCGUUGUGGUCAUCUUCGCCAUUGUCCAAUACUUGGUACACGGUCGCCGCAUUUACGAAGCGCCCGUCACCCAGGUCCGCAAGGAACAGUGA